AUGAACUUCAGACUCUCAUCUCUGAUCCUGCUGUUACACAUUCAAGACUCCCUAACAUUGGACAGCUUAACUGUGACCUGUAAUAAACAGAAUAUUUGUGCUGUGAGAGGGACACAGGUGACACUGUGGUGCUCUUACUCAAACAUCAACAUCAAAACUGUGUUCUGGUUCAGCCAGAAACAAAGAAUAAACUGGAGAAACAAAGAUGAACCUGAAGAUUUGACUUUAGAUUCAGAUUACUCAGGACGAGUGAUACAGGAGAUCAGAUACUACUACUCAGAGCUCAAAAUAUCAGAUCUGAGAGAGAGAGACAUUUUACAGGUGAUGAUGAAUCCUGAAUCUACAGAAGUAAAACUGAUCUGUGAUUCUUCCUGCAAUCUCAUAUAUGAAAAUUAUUACUGGUACAAGAAUGGACAAUAUUUAGCAGAUGGCAAAUCCUUAUUCGUGUCAUUCAGUGGAAACACUGACAUCUAUUACUGCUCUCAGUACAUAAAUGGCAAAAACACUCAAUCCUCUUCUGUGUGUCUUUCUAACAGUGGCUGUUGGGGUGUGACUUACACCUCUACAAGAGUUUGUGCUUUAGUGGGAUCAACAGUAGAUAUUCACUCUUCAUACUCACAUCCCACUGGAUAUACAGUAGAGGAAACAUACUGGGGUUUAACAAACUAUAAUAGUUUGGAUCUGCGUGAGGUUCAUCAGUUUGCUGGUCGUGUGGAGUUUGUGGGAAACACACUGAGAAUCAAAGACGUAAACAUGAGUGACUCUGGUGAAUAUCGAUUCAGGAUCAUCAGUAACACAUCAGAUGUAUUUUCUGGUAAUCCUGGAGUCAUUCUUACUGUUACAGGUACACAGGUGAUAAGCAGCCCAAACCCUGUGAUAGAUGGAGAAAAAGUGAUAUUAAGCUGUUCAACCAAAUGCACUCUGGAUAGAAAACAUACUUACAUCUGGUAUAAGAAUGGACAACAGGUAACAGAUGGAUUGAGAUUAUUUAACAAGCUGUACCUGAACUCAAUCAACAGUGAGGAGAUACAAGAGUAUGCAUAG